UCUCACCUGCAAAGGGAAGCUAUCGGCACUCGGCAUAGGAGCUUGUUUGGGUUUCCAUGCGGCACUGAAUUAAUUCAAAUAACUCAUAAAAACCAAGGAAUUUCCAAAUAAUUAUUGUUUCAUCACAGUUAAAAUGGGCAAAAAAGGCAAGAAAGAAAAGAAGGUGAAGGGAGCGGAGAAGACAGCUGCCAAAAUGGAGAAAAAGGUUUCAAAAAGGUCCAAACGAGAAGAGGAAGAUUUGGAGGCUCUAAUUGCUGAGUUUCAGAAUCAUGAUGCAAGGAAAACACAGGUUGUGGAGACAACAUGUCCUCCUCCAUCACCAAGAUUAAAUGCAUCUCUCUCUGCCCAUCCUGAGAAAGAUGAUCUCAUCCUGUUUGGAGGAGAAUUCUUCAAUGGAAAGAAGACAUACCUGUACAAUGAUCUAUUUUUCUACAACAUCAAGAAGAACAGCUGGAUUAAAUCAGAGAUCCCCAACCCUCCUCCACCACGCUGCUCUCACCAGGCAGUGGUAGUUCCCCAGGGUGGGGGCCAGCUCUGGGUGUUUGGGGGAGAGUUUUCCUCUCCAAAUGGGGAACAGUUCUACCACUACAAGGACCUUUGGGUGCUGCACCUGGCUACACACACCUGGGAGAACAUUAAGGCGCCUGGUGGUCCAUCAGGUCGUAGUGGCCACCGGAUGGUCCUCAGCAAGAGACAGCUUCUUGUUUUUGGAGGUUUCCAUGAGAGUACAAGGGAUUUUAUCUAUUUCAAUGAUGUCCACUCUUUCUCCCUGGACACCUUCUCCUGGUCACGCCUUUCUCCAUCAGGCUCCUCACCCUCCCAACGCUCUGCCUGUCAGAUGACCUCUACACCUGAUGGCACAGGUGUCAUCAUCUAUGGGGGAUACUCUAAAGUGAGAGUCAAGAAGGAUGUAGAAAAGGGGACCAUUCAUUCUGACAUGUUUCUACUGAAGCGAGAGGGUAAAGAUGGUCAAGAGAAAUGGUCAUGGUCCAGGGUGAACCCGUCAGGUAACAGGCCACCUCCUCGCUCUGGUUUCACCCUGGCGGUGGGCCACGCAGGGCGGGCAGUGUUGUUUGGUGGGGUUUGUGAUGAGGAAGAGGACGAGACGUUGGAGGGCGACUUUUACAAUGACUUGUACCUGUAUGACACAGUGAAGAACCGUUGGUUCCCCAGCCUGCUCAGGGGAAACAAGACAGAGAGGAAGAAAAGACGAAGGGGGAAAAAGGGUGGAGCAGAGGGGGAGGGAGUAGAGAAGGAGGAGGAGGGGGAAGAAGUGACACCUCAAGGACCCACUGAGGUCAUCAAGGAGAUCGUCACUGAGGACGGCACAGUGAUGACCAUCAAGGAAGUGGUCCCUGGAGCUCAUGAGGGGGAAGAGGAGGAGGAAGUGGAAGAAGACGAAGACGAUGGUUCAGCCUCCACUCCCCUGGUGGAACCCUGCCCGAGGUCUAGUGCCAUAGCAACGGUGCGUCAGGGCAAGCUCUUCCUAUAUGGGGGGAUGUUUGAGGUUGGUGACCGCCAAUUCACCCUAAACGACUUCUACUGCCUGGACCUCCACAAGAUGGACCAGUGGGAGACUCUGGUUGAAAUGGAUCCAAAGACCCAGGAGUGGCUGGAAGAGUCUGAGUCAGAGGAUGAUGAUGAUGAUGAGGAGGAGGCGAUAGGAGCAGAAGGGGAGGAAGAGGAGGAGGAGUCUGAAGAGGAAAGCGAGGAUGAAGAAGAUAAAGAAGAGCACCCAGCAGUGCAGGAGGGGGAGACUGUGACGGAUUACCAGAUCCGUACAGAGCAGUACUGGAUAGGACUGACACGAGCUAACAUGGGCCCUGAUGCCAAAGACAAAAAGGUCGCCAACGUUGCCCUUGCCAUGGCUAAAGUCUUCUAUGAAGACCAGUAGUGGAAUAUGCCAAACUGCGUGUGUGUGUGCGUCUGUAUGUGUGUCUGUGUAUGUGUGUGAGAAUGUGUGUAUGUGUGUAAAAUAUUUGUAAUAACUGUACUGCAAAUAAUUCAGUAAUGCAUGUGAAAUUUCAAAACAAAAGAAAAAACAUUUCACUGUCUUCCAAACGAUCAAUUAUUUUUGAAUUUAUUAAAUAUUUUUAAUUUGUAGGGAUAACAGUACAUUUAAGGUGUUAUGGUUUUUCAGGAUCAACGGUUUUCAUUUUCGAUAAAAUAACUAUUCACUGACUGCAAUAAAUAAUAUUUAAUACUAACAGUUUGAGACCAGCUGUAUACAAACCCCUGACAUAUUAUCACUUUGUAAAAUGGUAAUGGUUACCAUUUUAGCAAACAGUGCCUGCAAUUUACACAUCCAGCAGAUACGGCGCAACGUUAGCAUUAACUUGGAGUCCUGUUUCUGGCCUUCUGACGAAUGUAAGUCCAAAAUACACUUUACAUUUAGUCUAUAACAACUCCUGAGAUAAAACACUGAAUGUUUUCACAAACUUCCAUUUGGUGCGGGGAAGGUAGUGUAAUAUGGAUUUAUCAGAGCUUUUUUGCUUUUUUUAACCUCUGAUUAGAGGGCAUUAACAUUAUUUUUUUAAUAGAAAUUUCAUGACGUAAAUAAGUUGGAAAUGACUAUCAGCAUUGGCCUUCCAAGGUUCGUGAUGAUUUAAAAUAGUAGAUGGCUUGUUGAGCCAUUUUCAAUGUCAUUAUUAACACCAGCAUUGAUGUGUUUCAUCACAGAUCUUUGACAGGUCAGCUCCUGCACGGUUUGACAACGACAGGUCCUGGACUGCUUUAGAAACUUGCAAAUAUUUAGGGGUUUUCCGAGUAAAACCAACAAUGUAUGUUAAAGCAGAAAAAAAUAACACUGAUGUCAGGGUUCAUUGUCCUUAGUUGUUAUUUUCCUUUCGCGCUGGCAUAAAGCCCCCAAAAACAUGA